UUACAAGAGUGGAGCUUGGAGGGCCCGAUCCAGUUGUAGUCACUGGUACUUGUUAUGGCUUUUCAAAAAGAGUGGAAAUUAAAUUGCUUGAAUACUACAGCACACGUAAUACCAUCGUUGACGAGGUGAUAUUUAUUCUUAUAUCACACGCACUGAUUUUAUAGAGCCAAAAAACAGUUUACGUUGCUGCAUUUUCAAAAUGCCAGUUGAUCAAAUACAAUACUCUGGAAAGUACAACGAUGAUAAGUAUGAGUAUAGGCACGUUAUUUUACCAGCAGAUUUAGCAAGACAUGUACCAAAAACUCAUCUUAUGUCAGAAACUGAGUGGAGAAAUUUAGGAGUUCAACAAAGUCCAGGUUGGGUUCAUUAUAUGAUGCAUGUACCAGAACCUCAUGUACUACUAUUUCGUAGACCAAGGACAGAUGUUUUAACAACUUCAAGAAAUUCAUCCUUUCAAAGGGACUAUGAAAAUCAUGUCUUCGAAAUUGAAAUAAAGUUUAAAUAUUAAGUACAAAAAAGAUCAGCAACUUCACCAUACAUCAGCAUAGUUAUACUUUAUAUGAUGAUUCUAUAUUGAUUUAUUUAUUAAUUUGUAAAUAUUUUGAUUUUUUUAUCAAUUUUAUAGUAUCACAUUCAACAGAACAUCAUUGUCAUGUAAAGUAAUUCUAUCUAUAACAAAUAAUAUUAAAAUAAUCAUAAAUUUUCAUUUUAUGAAAUGUGUAUGCAUAAAUAUUUUGGUGCAUACAAUAUUGUGAAAUUUUACAUCAAUGUAUAUAGUUAAUCAUUACACAUAAUUAAAAAUAAAUUGUAUGCUAGUAGAUAAACAUGAUUGUAUACUAAAUUAAUUAAGGAAUUAUUUACUGUAUACAUUGAUAUUUUUGCAUACAUUUAUAAAUAGUAGAUAUUCAUAACAUUUUUAAUACUAGAAAGAAUUGUAUGUAUCAAUGGUCUAUGUAAUAAAUAACUUUGUAAUAAAAACUACUCGUUUGUGAAUAAAAUUUUGUUACAAUAAAA